AUGAGGACAGCUGUGCACGUCUCAGUCAUGCUCCUCCUUAUAACUUUUUCUGACUGUGCCGUGAUUACUGGGGCCUGUGAGCGGGAUGUCCAGUGCGGGGCGGGGACCUGCUGUGCCAUCAGCCUGUGGCUGCGAGGGCUUCGGAUGUGCACCCCGCUGGGGCGCCAAGGAGAGCAGUGCCACCCCGGCAGCUACAAGAUCCCCUUCUUCCGAAAACGCCAGUACCACACCUGUCCCUGCUUGCCCAACCUGCUCUGCUCCAGGUUCCUGGAUGGCAGGUACCGCUGCUCCGUGGACUUGAAGAACAUCAACUUUUAGGAGGCGUCUGGUCUCAGACACCCACCGGGCCUCUUCCCGCGCAGCCUGGGUGGUCUCUUCUGGACUUUCACCUCCACCACGAGGCCCAGCUUCUCCCCAGCUCCCCACAUUGCCUACCCUCAUCCCUCCUGCCAGCGUGCACACAUACACACCCUGCAGUCCACCACCAGCCUGAGGGUGUCCCAACUUGUGGCCUGAGAAGAGGUUCAUACAACCUCCCUGAGAAGUUAUAAAUGCCCUCCCCAUCCUACACCAGCCCUUUGUCUCCUCUGAGGUGACUGAUCUCCUCCCCAGGCCCUGUCCCUCUCUCUUUGUAUAUGCCCUUCUCCCUGAAUCAGACGACCCCAAGCACAGACCCUGGGUGCAGCCAUUGCUCAGAGUCACUGGUCCUGACCCAAGCCUCAGGCCC